AUGAAGAAUACAAAUCAGAUGUGGAGAUUGGACCUACUAGAGGCCAAAUUUGAGAGUUUACCUCCGAGGUUUGCACAUACAAAAAAAUUAAUAUUUGCUACAAAGCGUAAUACCAAGUUGAGUAAAAAACUACCGGAAACCAAAGAAGCAGCUUCAGCGGAAAUUUUCGAGUUGAAAUCACAACUUUUUGAGAAUAAAUAUCACUCGGGGUACAAGAAAUUGUAUAGGGCGAUUAAAAAGGUGACUGCUCACAAGACGACGGUGCCGAAAAUAUUUAGCGAUGAGGAAGUUUUAAAACAAUUAAUCACUUCGCGUUUGGUUAAGAGUAUUGGGAGUUCCAUAUUGGUUCUGAAAGACUUGAAAACAAAUCCACCAAAGUAUAUCAAGUCAAUCAUUAGGGAAAUCAUAAUAGACAAGUCCAAUCCAAACAAUCCUUCUCAAUUCUUUAUAGCCAAUUGUCGAGACUCAAAAGAAGUAAAUAAUUUUUGCUCGAAUCUAUGGAAUAGUAAGCAGAUAAAACCAAUACUAAAUGACAUUGAAUGGAGUUUCAAGAUGGUAAGAGGGAAUUUGAGUAAGAACGAUAUAGAAGAGAGAGACCUACAGACGAGGAAGAACUUGAACGGCCCAAGAAGUGAAGAGGAAAGAGAACAUGAACAGGAGGGAAGCGAUAGUGAUGAGGGUGAUUCUUUUGACAAAUAUGCAGAGUAUGAUCAUUUGGUGCUUGGCUCAGAUCAGGAAGAUGAGGAAGACGAUGUUCUCCAAUCAGAUGUAAACUACAAUGAGGUAACAGAUGAAGAACCUCUGGAAGAUGAAUCUCUAGAGGUUGAUGACGAAGAGUCUGACAGUGAGACACUGUCUAUUGAUGAACCACCAAAGAAGAAAGGUAAAGCUGAAAUUUCUAACGAGACAGUUUACAAUUUGCCCGAACUUGCAUCGGGUUACUACUCGGGAGGAUCCGAUGAUGAGGAUGAGGAAGAUGUUGAUAAUGACAAGGUUGUUAGAGAACUAACCCAACCACGCAAGAAUAGGAGGGGUCAAAGAGCUAGGCAAAAGAUUUGGGCAAAGAAGUAUGGUAAAGAGGCAAAGCACAUUUUGAAGCACCAUGAAAGAAUAAAGAGCGAGAGAGAAAUACGACAGAAAGAAUUUGAGGAGAGAGAACGCAAACGAGAAUUAAAAGCAAAAAUGUUGGAGGAGAAGCAAAAACCUACUGGUGCCAACACUGAGCCACUAGGCGAGAGGAAAUCUACUGUCACGCGCACUGUUCAUGUGGAGGAGAAGCAAAUCCACCCUUCAUGGGAGGCAAAGAAACAAGCUGAAGCAAAGAUGAAAAAUACUAAAUUUCAAGGUAAGAAAAUCACUUUUGAAUAA